GUGGUGGUUAUUUUUUAAUUUGUAACAAUUGAAGAGAAUGAGACAAUUUUUUGAAAGAGUUUGGCCAGAUAUAAUUGACUGAUGGCGCAUGAUAAGACCAAGUACGCACUUCCACUCGAUGUCGCACCGGAAGUGAGUUAAUCAUCACCAAACAUUUUACUGUAGUAAAAUAACCUUUUUUUCUGUAUGGUAUUGCGCUUCAAGGAUGGCUUGGACUUUGUCAUUGCUUUAUCUUUUUGUACUUGGUGUGUGUGUACUGGAGACAAAUGCCCAGCCAUGGCUUUGUCCCACGGCAGGGAACUGUGCUCAAUCGUUGGGGGAAGAAUUCAACGAAACACUAGCACAAAUAGAUGAUUCCUACGUCAUAGAGUUCUGUCUGAAGAAAAAGGAUUUCCAAACAUCAUGUUUGAAUGAGGCCGUAGUUGAUUGCGAAUGGGCUGGAGACGAAGAGGAGUACUACAGACUACGAAGCGUCCAGAGAAAUACGCAAGGAAAAUGUUCCGAACUUUGUCCAGUAAUGGAGGAUCUUCAGUUGUGUCCAUCCCAUGUAAACAAUGUUUUGUUUUUCGAGAAGAAAUUUCACCAAUUUUGCAAUUCUUACAAAGAAAGCCUGGAUUGCAAAACCACUGCCCUGUCCGGGGGCUCACAAUGUAGCUUUGGAGAGAAACUGUUCUCACGUGGGUUUGAUGACGACACAAUCCGCGUGUUCGAAUAUAUUUGUGAAUCCGGAUGCGCUGACAUUGACACUGCGUGGGAUGUCCUGGAGCGAUGUACGACCACACACAACCUGAACCUAGCGGGAUCACAGUGCAAGACAUACCAAGACCUGGAAUUAUGCUUAUCAACGAGUCAAACAUGUCCUCAGAUUCACAUGAUGGCGCGUUAUUUUGCGAGGAAUUAUACAGAUUACGUGAUGAAAUGCCCUCUACCUAUGCCCGUCAUGAAAACUACAACAAGCAGUGAACAGGAGACAGAAGAAUUAGACCCCGUACUAACAGACGACACACCAAUGCCCGAACUAACAGACGACACAACAUUUUCGAAAAUGGAGGGAAAUUCGAAACCAAAUCAGGACCCCGUAGAAGAAACAAAAGAAAUGGUAACAAAAGAAUUAUCCACUACAACUGUUAAGGUGACAGACGGUGGAACAGUUUCUACUUUGGAUGUCUGUCUGUCGACGUUGCAGUCCCUGGGACCAAUCUCCAUUACAGACAGUGCUUACUGUGACAGUGUACUUUGCCUGGUCGGUCAGGGCGUCCAAUUCGACGACGUCUCUUUAAUGGAAUUGGAAGAUGUUCUUGAGCAAAAAUUUUUAGAACGUUGGAAUUCGUGCGGCAGCGCUGACAACUUAGUUACAGCUGAUGUAUCGGACACAACAACAGAUAAACCAACUCACGACGUCAAAGAAAUGGCAACAGAGACAAGAGACAACACAGUUCAAGAUGUAACCGACUCAGCAAUAACAACAAACAACCCGGCUCGAGUGACAACAUCCAUAAUUACAAAAACAACAAAUAUACCGACUCCAUUUUUAAGUGACAUGAAAACAGAACUGACGACGGCAAUUUACAAAGCAGAAGAUACACAAGCAUUAGAAACCUCGCGGGGAACAAUAUCUGGCGACAAAACGGGUUCCACUUCUGCACUGAAGACAACAACGAAGUAUGCCGCAAAGACGGACACUUCGCAGCCUACUAACUUUCAAACAAAGCAACUUCCGGCGACAUUUUCUAAGACAGAGAAUAUUGAUACGUUUGUUGGAAAGCUUAACAAAGGGUUCAUCGUCAUUGAUAAGCUUCAAACCAUUUACCCUUCAACGGGCGAUCAUAAUGACAGACACUCAACUAAUACCCUGUCUUAUCUAUUGACUUCUAUAACACCUCUCGGUUUUUCGUCAGUUUCUUCUAUUCAGUCUAACUCGGCAGCUACUUCGAACUCAAAUGAAAAAGAUGUUGAACCCGCACCCGAAAAUGCCGGGGCCAAUAUAGAUAGCAAGGAAAAUCUCGAAAAUGUGGCUUCCAGACAAAAUAUGGCUUUCUUUCCUAUUUGCAUAGUAUUUGUAUGUACCAGGAAUUAUCUUUAAGUUAAUUAGUUACAGCAGUGUGAUUUAUGAAAUAUAUGGGAUCAAAUAUAUCUGUACCUCUGAAAGGUGAUAUGCUGUGAUAUUUUGCUAUUAAAAAUUUGUAAUUGAUGAAUAAAUGGUGAAAAAAAAAUAACAAAUUCGG